AUGCCGGAGGUCCUUGAGUGCUCAUCUGACUCAUGGAACAUGACUCCUGCGAACGCUCAGAUUGUGCAUUCUGGGCAGACGUGUGUGGUGAAGGAGGACAACAUCAGUGAAAGGAUCUACACCAUCAGAGAGGGGGACACGUUAGUUCUGCAGUGUCUGGUCAAAGGACACCCGCGGCCUCAGGUGCGGUGGACCAAGACAGCAGGCAGCGCUUCCGACAAGUUCCAGGAGACGUCCAUCUUCAAUGAGACUCUACGGAUCCCCAACAUCCAGAGAGUGCAGGGCGGCCGCUACUACUGCAAAGCUGAGAACGGGGUGGGGGUGGCUGCCAUCAAGUCCAUUCGUGUAGAUGUGCAGUAUCUGGAUAAGCCUGUGCUCACAGUGCACCAGACGGUGGGUGAUGUACGAGGCAACUACUAUCAGGAGAAAACAGUGUUUUUACGCUGUACGGUAAACUCCAACCCUCCUGCUCGCUUUAUCUGGAAACGAGGAAAUAAACCAAUCGAACAGAGCAAAGACAACGGAGUGGAUAUCUACGAGCCUCUGUACACACAGGGUGAGACAAAGGUGCUGAAACUGAAAAACCUCCGUCCACAGGACUUUGCUAAUUACACCUGUCAGGUGUCCGUCCGGAACGUGUGUGAUAUUCCAGACAGCUCUGUCACCUUUCGCCUUGCCAACACCACUACACCCCCUGCUCUAAAGCUGUCUGUGAAUGAGACGUACGUGGUGGACCCAGGCCAAGAGGUCACACUGUCGUGUGAGGUAACGGCAGGCUUCCCCACACCUACGGUCAGCUGGUCGCGGUACCCUGGAUCCCUCCCUCAGCGGUCCAUGAUCCGAGGCGGGUCCCUCACUCUCCGGUCCGUCACUCCCGCUGAUGCCGGCAUCUACAACUGCACAGCCGUCAACAAUGUGGGAAACCCUGCGAGAAGAACCGUCAACUUCAUUGUGAGAACCAUGAAGAACUUAACGUUCCAGAUCACGCCGGACUCCAACAAAGACAGUGAGAGCAUACAGAUGGGUCGAGACCUCAAACUUUCCUGCCACGUUGACGCCCAGCCUCAGGACAAGGUGAACUACACCUGGUACAAGAACGGAGCUCUCAUCUACCCCACUGACAGCCUCAUCGUGCUGCGCAGCGACCCAGACAUGCCGCCCGGUACCAGCAGCCUGGAAAUUGUGGACAUGAAGUUCAGAGAUCAGGCCACCUACAGCUGCGUAGCGAACUUCCCCGGGAGCAGCGUUCCUGAACUGCGAGUGGACGUGAACAUCACGCAGAGCAGCGUCGUUCCUCCUGUUCUGAGUGUGCCAGUCGGAGGGGGUGUGGUCAAUGUCAGUGAGGGCGGGACCGCAGAGCUCGUGUGUUUGGUCGAUGGUAAGCCCCGCCCACCCGUUCUGUGGUCCCGUGCAAACAAGGACCUGCCCAUGCCGUCGGGGGAUUGGGUGGUGGAAACACGCGAUGGACGUUUGCGGCUGACCAAUGUGACGCGGGACGUGAUGGGAGCGUACCGCUGCCAGACCGCUCCUUACAACGGCCUAAACAUCAAACGCCGACAGGCUCAGGUGCAGCUCAAUGUAGAGUCUCAGCCGUAUAAUGCAGAGUUUUACUAUGACACUCCAAACCCCAUUCGCACCUUGAAGAACAAUUAUUCCUACAUCUUACAGUGGACACAGAAAGAGCCCGGCGCCGUGGACAAAAUCAUCGGCUACUGGAUCAAUGUUCAACAGAACCGACAGAUGAUUUUGUCCAAACAGAUCACCACUAAAGAGCCAGUGAAAGGUGUGCUGAUGUCCUACACGCUGAUGGACUUGCGUAUUCCCCUGUCGUAUGAGGUCAGCCUCACUCCCAUAACCAGCUUCGGCACCGGAAACACAGUCACGCGCACCAUUCAGUACUCAGAGCCCUACACUUACCCAAGACCUUCAGAUCACGUGUGCGGGUUUGAGGACAUUAGGAUAUGUGGGUUCACUCAAGACCGCAGUGAUGUGUUUGACUGGACCAGACAGAACCACCUCACACAGAACCCCAAACGGUCGGUUAAUACAGGGCCGGACACAGACAGGAGUGGGACGAAAGAAGGUUACUACAUGUAUAUUGAGACGUCGCGGCCACGACAGGCCGGGGAUCGAGCUCGUCUUCUCUCUCCAUUGUACAAUGUUACGGCAGCCCGAGGACCAACAGGGACCACCAGAACCCCCUACUGUGUCUCCUUCUACUACCACAUGAACGGAAAACAUAUUGGUACUCUCAAUGUUCUGAUGAGGGUGAAGAGCAUCGCCACUGUGGAUUCUGCCGUCUGGACUCUCUCCGGACACCAGGGGCCCCAAUGGAGGAAGGCAGAUGCUGAGAUCUAUCCGAGCGGACCCUUCCAGGUGGUGUUCGAAGGUAUCCGUGGAAACGGCUUUGAGGGCGACAUCGCUAUCGAUGACGUUUCCGUUACCAAAGGGAAAUGCAAACAAAAGGAUAGCGUGGACAAAACAGGUCUGUACCAUCAGUGA